AUGGAACUAAGCUUAAAUCUGAGCGACUGUUUCGUCAAUUUUCGCUGCUCUUGUGCAAACGAAUCUGACGUGAUAUGUGGCUUAAGAAAUUGGAAUAGACACCGUUAUGAGGAUAGAACGGCCCCAACGCUACCGGAAGAUUAUGUGUCGAACGAGUACGAGAUAGAGGAGGAGCGCUUCGUCAACUUCGUCACUGUGCGCCCGGAAUACUUCGAGAUAAAUCGUGCUCGACCAAUUAUCGACUGGAUUACGGGUGUCAUCGGUGCUCCUGUUUUUGCCAGUGAUUCCUCGGGACCGUCACAAAAUUGCACUCCAUGCAAGUGUGGUUCGGUGGAACCAAUAAACGAACGAAUAGUGGGUGGCAUACCUGUGGAGGACAAUAGCUUCUCUUGGAUGGCUGCCCUGUACUACGACAAUAAGUUUUGUUGCGGUGGUUCCUUGCUUUCGGAUCGAUACGUCAUAACGGCAGCCCAUUGUACAACCAAACCAGAUCGGGGGCUGUUUCGCGUGCAGUUUGGCAUAAACGAUCGUAGCAAACCGAUCGCCACAUCCAUCGAGCGAAGCGUGAAGCGAAUCCUGACAAACUGGUACAAUGCCUUCAACAAUAACAACGAUAUAGCGCUGCUCGAGCUCACAUACCCGGUGGCGAUCAACGAUCGUGUGAUGCCCAUUUGCCUGCCACAGGCCACAGAAAUGUAUGAGGGUAGUAGGGGCAUAGUUACUGGAUGGGGUAGGACGAAAGCGGGUGGUGGACUAUCGGGGACAUUGAUGCAAACCGAAGUUCCAAUCUUAACCAACCGUGAGUGUCGCCGUGCUGGGUAUUGGGCGUUUCAGAUAACGAACAAGAUGCUCUGCGCCGGAUAUCUAGAGGGAGGCAAAGAUUCCUGUCAGGGCGACAGUGGAGGACCACUGCAGGUACUGAACACUAAAUCAAAUCAUUAUGAGCUAGUCGGAGUUGUUUCGUGGGGACGUGCCUGUGCUCAGAAGAACUAUCCUGGAGUGUACACGCGUGUCAGUCAGUAUCUGUAUUGGAUUAAUCGUAACAUUAAGGAUUCCUGUUUAUGUAGCUAAGGAUCACGGAACACUUCGAGUCAAACAGACUUUAUUUUUAAAAUAGCAUAUUCAUAAGACAUCUACAGGCAUGUGCAUUGUGUUGGACGGAGUUUAUGAAUGUACGCACAUCCUGGAAUCGAUGAGUGUUCUUUGUAAUAUGUCACCAA